AACUGUCAAAAAAUGAUAAGGCGAUGUUGAAAGCUCCAAACGUCUUUGAAAUAUUAUAUUUCUUUUAUAGCCGGAAUAUAUUUGAAUGUAAUUGAGUUUGUUUGUGAACACUCGAGCAAAUACAUCCAAUAAGGUUCUCGAAACAUGUCACAUGUAGCCGAAGUUAAAGUUCUUGUUUCUAGGUUAUUUUCUAUGAAAAAUGGGCUUUUCAAAUCUGGUGUAAGAAGUUUUAGUCAAGAUGUGGACAAAUCAGCUCAAGCCCUGGCUAAGAACAGUGUUACGCCACUCCCACCCCUAUCGGAUCCUAUGCCAAACCUCCCACCUGUGAUAUAUUCCACCGGAAAAGCAGAGGACUGUGUAACUGAGGUCACCACCCUCAGCAAUGGACUUAGAGUUGCAUCAGAGAAAAAGUUUGGCCAGUUUUGUACUGCGGGUGUGGUUAUUGAUUCCGGCCCACGAUAUGAAGUUGCUUACCCAAAUGGCAUUUGUCACUUUCUGGAAAAGUUAAGUUUUGGGGCAACACAUAAAUUUGCAACCCGUGAUGUGAUGCUGCGAGAGUUAGAAAGACAUGGCGGCAUUUGUGACUGCCAAGGGUCUCGUGACACUACAGUAUAUGCAACUAGCGCUGAUUCUAGAGGUCUUGAGGCUGUUACACAAGUGUUAGCAGAAGUGACAUUAAGGCCACGGCUGUCUACUGAAGAGAUUGAAGCUGCCAGACAAGCAGUAGCAUUUGAAUUGGAAACUCUUGCUAUGAGGCCGGAGCAAGAAACUAUACUUAUGGACAUGAUACAUUCGGCCGCAUAUAAGGGGAACACACUUGGUCUCCCAAAGAUCUGCCCCAAGGAGAAUGUAAACAAAAUAGACCGUGGCAUUAUACUGAAUUACUUGAAGAACCACUACACGCCAAAUCGGAUGGUAGUUGCUGCUGUUGGUGUUGACCAUGAGCCGUUCGUAGAGUUUGUACAGAAGUAUUUUGUGGACAUGAAGCCCACGUGGCAUGGCGAGGACAGCGACAAGUUCACGCCACUAGUCGACAAGUCCGUGGCUCAGUAUACUGGCGGUAUGGAACAGGAGGAAUGUGAAAUACCACUGUACCCUGGAUCUGACUUACCGGAGCUAUCUCAUGUUGUUAUUGGAUUAGAAAGUUGCUCGCAUGGAGACCCAGACUUCGUGACGACGUGCGUGCUGAACAUGAUGAUGGGCGGCGGCGGGUCCUUCUCCGCCGGCGGCCCGGGCAAGGGCAUGUACACACGGCUCUACACCAACGUGCUCAAUAGAUAUCAUUGGAUGUUCAACGCGACGGCGUACAACCACGCGUACGGCGACACCGGCGUGUUCUGCGUCCACUCGGCGUCGCCGCCCACCCGCAUCUACGACACCGCCGUCGUGAUCGCGCGCGAGCUCGCCAACAUGGCCGGCAAGGUCGGCGAGACGGAGCUGAGGCGAGCCAAGACCCAGUUGCAGUCGAUGCUGCUGAUGAACCUGGAGGCCAGGCCGGUGGUGUUCGAGGACGUCGGCCGGCAAGUGCUCGCCACCGGCAAGAGGAAGCCGCCCUCCUUCUUUAUCGAUGAAAUUGAAAAAGUGACAGCGGACGACAUAGUGCGCGUGGCCCGGCGCAUGCUGAGCGGGCGGCCGUCGGUGGCGGCGCGCGGGCGGCUCGCGCACCUGCCCUCCUUCGACGAGAUCUGCGCCAACAUGACGCUCACCACCGACUCCUCGCCGCAGGGCCGGCGGCUCAACCUCUUCAGAGCUUGA